AUGUCAACCUGGAACGUUUUUGCUCAAGAUCAAGCAAUGCACACUGCAGGGACAACUCCUGAAGAAGCUUUUCAACCAGCUGCCUGCAGUAAAAUCAGCAUGGCAGGAUUUAAUUUCAGUGAUCAAACAGAUGGUAUUGGAGAUCUCAGAAAAUGCCUGAAGCACAAGUGAUUGGUCAAGUUUAUUGGAGUAGACUUGAUUACUGAGGAUGAUUACUUGAGGUUCAGUAUUCAAACCCAGUAGCAUUAAUGAAAUCCUCAUUUGCUGUAGAAUUAGAGUCACGUGCCAAUGAAAGAGCUUUCACUUAUGCACUAGGAUUCAAUAUUGCAACAGAACAUGUUGUUAAGGUUAUGUAUUACACAACAUACAUAUUGUACCUGACUGGAAGGAGAGACUACCAUGAAAGGGAGAGAACACACUUGUCACAAUUCCUUCCUUUACUCUGUGACCCAAUAUGUUAUUGUGCCAUAUGAAUGCUAUUGUAGGUGACUCCAUAUUUCAUGUUUGAUUACAAAUGGCCACAACUUCCAAGCAGCCGGCGCCCUAAGCCUUUUUCACAAUGCUUAGUUUCUUCAUACAGAUAGCACACCUUUCACAGUUUCUUGACACCACUACAUAAAGAGACGUGUUUCAAUACGGCUGGAAAUUAGACAUCGAAAAAGUGCAGCAGACAGGAUUCCAGGUGCUUCUCCAGAGAGGUGACUGAAUUAAAGGCAAUUUAGGCUUACCAGGAAUGUAAGUAAAAACUUUUGUUUUUAGAAUCCUAAAGUGUAGAGUUCGGAGGGGACCCAGAGGUCGUCUAGUUAACCCCUGCAAUGCAGGAAUCUCCACAAACAAUCCCUGCUUACUUUUGGAAAUGUGCUAGUACUUGUGUUAUUUGUCAGUUUCUGUGAUAGCAUCUCUCCCUUUGUGUGUGUUUGUGCAUUCAUGCAUAAAAACCAUGUAUGAUCUUUUUAAAAAAUAAUAAUAAUUGCAUUUUCAAAAACAGGAACAGAGAGCAUGUUUAACCCCCUCCCCCCCUGUUACAACUACAUACCAAAUACAGCCUGUAUACAUAUACCAUAUGACUUCCUUCCACACUUUUCCUGGUUUGUUUGCUUUUCUACUACUCCAUGUAACCAACAUCUUUUUAAGCAUGCAAUUUGUUAUCAAUUAAAUACUCUAUUUCAACUCUGCUGGAUUUACUCGGGACCUGCUAAAAUCCUUAGCCACUCAGUUUUGUAAAUAUCUGGGAAUAAGGUUUACCAUCUCCCCCUCCUCAUAUCUAGAAUAAUAAUAAUAAUAAUAAUAAUAAUAAUAAUAAUAAUAAUUUAUCAUUUAUACCCCGCCCAUCUGGCUGAGUUUUCCCAGCCAUUCUGGGCGGCUCCCAAUCAAGUGUUAUAACAGUACAGCGUUAAAUAUUAAAAACUUCCCUGAACAGGGCUGCCUUCAGAUGUCUUUUAAAGAUAAGGUAGAUGCUUAUUUCCUUCACAUCUGAAGGGAGGGUUUUCCACAGGGUGGGCGCCACUACCAAGAAGGCCCUCUGCCUGGUUCCCUGUAACUUGGCUUCUCGCAGUGAGGGAACCGCCAGAAGGCCCUCGGCGCUGGACCUCAGUGUCUGGGCAGAACGAUGGAGGUGGAGAUGCUCCUUCAGGUAUACAAGACCGAGGCCGUUUAGGGCUUUAAAGGUCAGCACCAACACUUUGUAUUGUGUUCGGAAACGUACUGGGAGCCAGUGCAGGUCUUUCAAGACCGGUGUUAUAUGGUCUCGGCAGCCGCUCCCAGUCACCAGUCUAGUUGCCACAUUCUGGAUUAAUUGUAGUUUCCAGGUUACCUUCAAAGGUAGCCCCAUAUAGAGCACAUUGCAGUAGUCUAAGCGAGAGAUAACCAGAGUUUGAACCACUCUGGCGAGACAGUCUACGGGCAGGUAGGGUCUCAGCCUGCCCUGGACACCAAAUUGACCUGUGCCUCCAUGGACAGCUAUGAGUCCAGAAUGACUCCCAAGUGUGCGCACCUGGUCCUUCAGGGGCACAGUUACCCCAUGCAGGACCAGGGAGUCUUCCACACCUGCCGGCCUCCUGUCCCACAAAAACAGUACUUCUGUCUUGUCAGGAUUCAACCUUAAUCUGUUAGCUGCCAUCCAUUCUCCAACCACCUCCAGAGGUAGAGCUGGGUAUAAACCGCAUACUGAUGAAUACCCAGCCCAAACCCCCUGAUGAUCUCUCCCAGUGGCUGCAUGUAGUUGUUGAAAUGCAUGGGGGAGAGGACAGAACCCUGAGGCACCCCACAAGUGAGAGCCCAGGGGUCUGAACACUCAUCCCCCAACACCACUUUCUGAACACGGCCCAGGAGGAAGGAGCGAAACCACUGUAUAACAGUGCCCCCCAGCUCCCAGCCCCUUUAGACGGUCCAGAAGGAUGUUAUGGUUGAUGGUGUCAAAAGCCGCUGAGAGAUCCAGUAGAACUAGGAAACAGCUCUCACCUUUGUCCCUAGCCCGCCAGAAAUCAUCGACCAGUGCAACCAAGGCAGUUUCAGUCCCAUGAUGAGGCCUGAAUCCCGACUGGAAGGGAUCCAAAUGGUCCACUUCUUCCAGGCGUGCCUGGAGUUGUUCAGCAACCACUCGCUCAAUAACCUUGCCCAAGAAUGGAAGAUUUGAGACUGGGCGAUAGUUGGCCAUAUUGGCAGCAUCUAAAGAUGGUUUUUUAAGAAGCGGUUUGAUAACCGCCUCUUUCAGCUGGUCUGGGAAGGCUCCUCACAGAGAAAAGCAAUCACCACCCUGCGAAGCCCAUCGCCCAGCCCUUCCCAACUAGCUUUUAUAAGCCAGGAUGGGCAAGGAUCAAGGAGACAGGUGGUUGGUUUCACUCUUCCAAGCAGCCUGUCCACAUCCUCGGAGGUAACAGAUUGGAAUUGAUCCCACGUAACUUGACUAGACAGGACUCUAGCACUCUCCCGCCCCAGCCCUGCUCCCACGGUGGAGUCUACCUCUUCCCGAAUCUGAGUGACUUUAUCUGCAAAAAACUUUGCAAAGUCAUUGCAGGAGAUCAUGUGGCCCGUACUGGGCCCCGAUGUAGCAGGUGGUUCCGCUAAAUUGCGAACCACCUGAAAAAGUCUCCUGCUGCUGUUUUCUGCAGAUGCAAUAGAGGCAGUGAAGAAAGUCUUCUUCGCCGUCACUACCACCACUUGGUAGGCUCGACAUUGAGCUCUAGCCCGUGUCCGGUCAGCAUCAGAAUGAGUUAUCCGCCACUGGUGCUCUAGCUGUCUCAAUGAUUGUUUCAUUGCCCUCAGAUCCGUGGAAAACCACGGGCCUGUCUGGGCUCCAUGCAAUCGGAGAGGGCACUUCAGAGCCAAACAGUCAAUAGCCCUGGUUAACUCCACAUUCCAGCGGGCCACCAGAGAAUCAGCUGAAAGUCCAUCAACAUGGGAUAAAGCAUUCCCUACCACUCUCUGGAAACCAUCUGAAUCCAUUAAGUCUUGUUAGUUCAAUUAUUGGGCUACAAAGCUCCCGAGUUAAUCCCUAAACCGCUCUAUCAGCACAGCAUUGCCCAAGGACGACUUUGGAAAACACAACCACACGCAAAAUAUCUUCCCAUAUGGAGAAACAGAACAGGACACAGGAAACCGAUUAUCCAGUCCUCCUGGCCACACUCACAAGUCUGGUUUGUGAUUAAAAUCUUAUUUCCUUUGGCACCCAAGUUUUCGAAAGCUCCCGCUAUUUGAUAGUACGAGGUUGCUAUUUCUUUCUUUCUGUCUUGUUUAAUCGGUUUUAAUUUGUAUACUUUGGCAGUACAUUUAGAUCCACUGUUUUCUUUCAUUUGGAGGUUGGGUUUCAAAUACAGUGGUACCUCAGGUUAAGUACUUAAUUCGUUCUGGAGGUCUGUUCUUAACCUGAAACUGUUCUUAACCUGAAGCAGCACUUUAGCUAAUGGGGCCUGCUGCUGCUGCUGUGCCGCUGCCACACGAUUUCUGUUCUCAUCCUGAAGCAAAGUUCUUAACCCGAGGUACAAUUUCUGGGUUAGCGGAGUAUGUAACCUGAAGCGUAUGUAACCCGAGGUACCACUGUACUAAAAGGGGAGUAUCAUUGUUUACAUUCCACAAUUGUAAUUUGAGUUGUUUAAACUGUACCCAUUUAAUUGUACCCAUUUCUUUGCAGUCCAAUUUUUCUCCCCAGAUUUCACCAGAUCCGGAGUGGACUCCCUUUUUUCACUCCCAGGCUCUUUUCCAAAGAUUCCCCACUAAUUCUUUGAAUUCUAUCUUCUUAUUUGGAUUUAAUUUGGGAAGUUUUGUCACUCCGGUGAGAGUCUUAGAGGCUGUGUGGCAAUGAGCUGAUCUCUCCCUCUCGUGCCAUGGCCCAUUAUCCAAAUUGUGACAGCCCAAACUCUUCAGAGCUCACACUGCCCCAAAGUGGAGCUUGUAUAAGGCACCGCUGGAGAUUCAACAAGCUUUUCCCUUUUCUUGCGAGGAAUCCUAUUCGGAAUAAGGGAAUUUUCCUUUAAAAAAGGGAAACCUUGACAGCUAUGGCUGGGUGUUGUGGCAUGGUUCCCAAUAACCGAAGUGGAAAGAAUGUCUAGAGGCAGUGAUAACAGGGUUUGGCCUUCAGCAUCUGCUAUUACCUGGCAGCAGAGCUGCAAUCCCACUUUGCAGUGUAUCCCAAAAUGCUUCCAAACUUCAGCUCACCAUUCUCCCCACCCUCCUCGUUGGGUGUUGUGUUUGUGCUGCAGAAGUUCAGUCAAGCGGUUAGGUUCAAUGUAGAAAACAACCGUGUAGCAGAGAGAGCUUUUACUUCAGGGGCAAAAACACACACACUAUAUAUACACAUUCUUUGCAAUUGUUAGAAGAAGUCUUCACUCUCUGAAGACAAGAGGGCGUUUCAGAUUAUAAAGUAAGUGCUGACACAAACUCCACACAGCAAGUGCAAAGUCUAGUGGCUAACAAAGUCCUGCAACUGCCAUUUCUGCUGACUCAUGGAAAAGUAACUCCUUUUCCACUUUCCUUAACACUUCAGCCAUGAAAUGAAACCAGCUUGCUUUACAGCAAAGAACAUGAUGAUCGUUCAUUACUAAUUUUGUAGAUCUCAGCGAUGAAUGCUGGGGGGAAAAAUAUGACUGCUUGGCUAGUUACAGUGGGGAAAACUAGAUUUCAUGUAAUCAUGAAUGCUCUGGGUUGACAGUUCAAACUGAUGUACUGCAUUUUCUGUUUUACAGGUAAACAGUGGGGGGAAAGAUACCAUCACAACUGAGGCGAAUUUCACUUGAUAUAUUUAUUUCAUUGGCAUACACUUCAGCUCUUCUCAUCUCUUGGCAUACACUUGCUUCAGAUCAGGAAACAAUGAGCUGGAUUACUCAAAUGCUGGAAAACUGGAUUAGUGUUACUUAUUUGGAAGAAUACCUGAACUCUGUGGUUCACCCUCUGUGGUUAUUUAUGAUUCCCAUUUUGCUUUAUUCUUUCUGGUUAUUUUUAUAUAUAUUUUGCUGUGCUGUCUCAUUUCUGUUAUAUAUCUACAAGAAGAUGAAUAACCAGCAAGAAAAUGAUAUUUAUAGCAAAUGUUGGGACAAGGCAAGGCACAUUAUGUAUCGCUGUUUAGAUAUAUAUGGAAAGAUAUGGCAUGGUGAGUAAAGGUUUCUUUCAGACCAAUAAUUCAGUCUUAUCAGCUCCUAUACUUUCAUAGGACUGAGCAUCAGAAUUUCAGACUUGAAACACUGGAACAAUAGUUGCCACAGUGCAUCAGGAGUGUAGCUCUGAACCCACCUCAGUGUCAUAAGAGCUACAAGUUUUGGUUGGCUUUGUAAGGAUCAAAACAAAGGCAUGGAUAUUUAUAUAUGUAAUAAGCCAUCCUAAGGAAAAACAAAAUUUUUUAUGAGGUACGUACAAAAUCAAGACGUAUUACAGAAGAAAGGGUGAGUUGGUGGCUACAUAAACACCAUACAUUUUAAUCAUAUUUAACCCCCCCCCCGAAACCUGGAGAAUGUUGCUUGCACUUCACAGAGCUGCAAUUAGCAAAGCCCUUUAAAAAUAGCUUCAUGGAUUGAAGAGAAAGGGAUUGUCUUUAAAUGUGUUGUGGGUACACAGCCAAUGUAAUUAAUAUAACAUUGUAUAGGGAGACCUUGAGCGUGCAAUUUUCCUGAGCAUGAUAAACCACAAGGCAGCUCUGAAACAUAAACUAUGGUAUUUGCCAGCACAAGUUGUCUUGAUGGCUACUACUUUAGAUGGACACUGCGGGAAACAGGACAGUGGGCUUUAGAGGCCUUUGGCCUCAUCAACAGGAUUCUUCUUAUAUCCUCCCAGAAGACUGCUAAAAACUCUCCAAGUAUUCCUGUUCUCCAGAGAAAUGUCAGAGGAUAGGGAGUUAGGUGACACAUGAGCGAAGGCAGCCAAGUAUACAAAAGUUUUUAACAUUUAAUGUUUUUAUUUAUGUUGUAAGCCACCCAGAGUGUCUGAGGCAACCCAGUCUGAUGGGUGGGGUAUAAAGAAUACAAUUAUUAUUGUUAUAUUAUUAUUAUUAUUAUUAUUAUUAGUAUUAUUUGAUGUGCUUAUUUUCAUUUGAGAAAUGUUGGAGGGUAUGUUGAUGUUGCUUUAUGAGUUGAAGCAUAAAUCAGAAAUACACUACUAAAACUAAGCCUGGCCUCAAUGAUGAAACCCUGUAGCUACUUAUAACAUGGUCAAUGGUGCAUCUGUCUGGAAAACAGCUUUCUUACUUGGUAUACAGUGAUUCAGAAGAUGGUCUGAAGUUGUCUGGUUGGAGCUCUUAGGGAUGGGGAAGAAAUGUGCUCCUGGCCUAAGAUAGCUCUUUCCCAAAGUAGCGCUCUGUACAGAAGGGUAAUACUGCCCUUCAAAUAAAUAAAUAAAAGUCUCCAAAACAUUUAGUUUGAUAUCAUGUUAAAUCAUCUCAAAGGGUCAAACACACAUAAAGUAGAUUAAAAGAGCAAAAUAACUCAAAGACUGGGCAAAAAUGUUUCCAUCUGUAUCCAAAAGGAAGCAAGGAAUGAAUAUUCCAGGAGAGGAGAAGUCCCCUCCUGCCCCUUUAGUUUUGCGACCACCACAGAGAAAGUCCUGUUCCUCUUGGAUGCUCUCCUGGCAUCCAAAAUGCUGGAACACAUAGCAGAGCUUUGUACCUGAUCUUAAUUUCAUUUUCCCCCUUCCGAAACACACUGUUUCUUGCAAUAUUUUCUUGUGAUAUUUUAUUUACCUUUCAACAACAUAAUAUUUAUUUGUUGCCAUUUGUAUUAUUUUCAGGUUAUGAAGUUAUUGGCUUGGAACAUCUCCCUAAAGGGCCAGGGAUUGUUAUUUUUCAUCACGCAAUUUGGCUUCGCGGCUAUUGCUUCUUUGUGGGCAAAGCUUAUGAAGAGAAAGGAAAACUGUGCCAUUCAGUAAUUCAUCACGCCUUGUAUAAUCUUCCAGGUAAAUUAUUUAAAUUAAAAUUGUGCUUUUUUCAUUAAACAUGUGCUAAAUAUGACAUGAAACAAUGCUAUUAAAUAUAAAACAAUGCUGUAGAAUACAAAACAGUGUAUCUGGCAAAAAACCACAGGUAAAUAAAAUAGCAGCAACAGGUGAAACAGUAAAUUAGUGGAGAGGUUCUUUCUCACCAAGUCCCUGCAAGUAAGACAGAAUGUAGGAUGAAUAAUCCCCCACCCCCCCACCCCCCUCCACCCCCCACCCCCCCCCCCCCCCCCCCCCCCCCCCCCCCCCCCCCCCCCCCCCCCCCCCCCCCCCCCCCCCACCCCCACGGGUCAGCGCCAUCGGUGAAUGGCGGAGUUCCUCCGACUGGAGGAACGGUCUCUGUGGAAACUGGGUCUUCCCGCCGCGGCGAAGGCGGGGGGCCCUUUAGAAAUCCCAGGCGGGAGAAGCCUGGGAACGUGGGGUUCGGCAGAGCACCAAAAGCGCCUCCCCUACUCACGAGGAAACCCAUUUUCGGGGCUCCGGAGUGAAGCGGGUGGAGCAGCGCGGUGCUGCGAACUGAUUGCUAUUUCCAUGGAGGGAAGCCGCGCAGCCAUCGCCGGAGAGCGCUGACUUUUUCCUGAUGACAUUUGGACUCUAAAUUAAGUACCCGUGAGUAAAAACGGAGAAUUGGACUAAGAAAUUUUUAAAUUUAUGAAAUUAGGCACGAAGCGGGAAGGUGUAAACAGGAAGUCCGCCUCCCGUCCUUGUAUACAGCUUGAAGCAAAGAUCUUGUAACCUAAUAGCCUGAAAAGUUCUUUUAAAGUUGAAAAUUUCCUGCACCCAUAGCCAACAAACCCCCCCUUGGAAGCAGGAGAAGGGGGGGGGGGAAUUUGACAGCUUAAUCCUGCAGGAACUGCGAAAAGGAAUGUAAGCUUCCACCGUCCCAAACCUGGGGACGGGGUGUCGGGACAGAAACCGCUUGAGACGUCCAUUGAUUGAAAGUGGAGUACUUUUGACAGAUAGUUUAAAAAAAGAAGAAGAAACAAAUUAACUUCAACGCUACCGUCUGCAUUUUUGCUCUUUAAAGAAACAGUAUUUGAAAUUGAAAGGACCUGAAAUUGAAAGUAACUUUCUUUGUUGGAUACUUUUUUUAAAAAAAUAAUGGAUACAAACAGAAAUUGUGUCCCCUAGAGGGAGCCUGUCAGUUUGCGGUCGCAGCUUGCAUAUGUGAGAUUUGGAUCGUGGGAACAGCCGUUUGACCUUGUUUUGGAAUAGAAAUGUAUUGGCAGGAAGGUUUGGUGUCUGCCCUUGGUAGGACUAAUGUUUUGCUGGAGCAGCUGCACGAGAAAGUGAGUCUGAUGAAUGAAAAACUGGAUUUUAUGAAUGCUGUGGCCAGCCAAUAUGAUUUAACAGGGAAUGAGGAUGAACCUGGCUUGACAAGGCAAGUCCAAGGGCAGAUGGAGGAGGAAGAGGCAGUAGCUAUCUAUUACACAACACAAAUGGAAAGACCCAAAGUUUUGCAGGAACAAAAGCCACUGCGUUGGAAGAUUGAUUUUGGAGAGUGCUGGGAAGCAUUUGAAGUUAAGGAAGCUUUUAACUCCAGUGUGACUGUGAAACAGGUGAAUAACUAUCUUCUGGAUACAUACUUUUUGGACUACAAAGAUGAAGAUUGGGAGUGGGACUGGGGGGAAGGGGACAAUAUAAUGAAGGAAAAUGGAAAUUAUCACUGGAUGGAACCCUCCGGAGACCCACUCCCCCAGAAACCAACAAUAGACAAAGAACUGCGUAAGCAUAAACAAGAACAAAAAAAUUUGCAGAAGGGGCCUAGAAGAGAUUUAAGGGCCUCGGACAUCAGAACACCAGAUUGAUGGACUAUGUAACGGACAGAAAGGACUGAUAUGACCGAAACCAGGAAGAUGGGACGUUGGAUGAAAAUCAUAGAAAUUUUUAUGUUAAUUUUGGAAUUAGUUUAAUAUCAAUGAAAUUUGUCUAAUAUUAAUGAAAUUUGAGGGAAUAUGCUGGAAAGGAACCAAAUUGGCUUUAGUAGAAAUGAUUUUAAGGAGAAAUGUAUGAAUGUGAUGUGAUUUCGAAAUUUUAAGAUUUUUAAGAUAAGAUAAGGUUAAAGAUUAAGGCAAAUUGAAUAACAGAUUAUAUUAAAAGAGGGAAAGGUUACGUUGAUUAACAAAUAAGAUAGAUUGUGAAGAUUAAUUAUUUAAAUUAAAAUUGAGAAAUAUGGGAAGAAUUUGCUGAAAUAACGAAUUAAACUAGAAUACAAAAAGGGAGGUGUGAGGAGGUUCAAGAAUCAAGCAAAUGAAAAGUCGAAAUUUGAAAUAUGUAUUUUCUUUUUUCUUUUUUUCUUACUUUAUUAUUUUUUCUUUUUUCUCUUUGGGGUUAGGGUUGGGGAUGUUUUUUAUGUAUUGAUGAAAUUUUAAAUAAAUAUCAUUUAAAAAAAACCAAACUGCUGGAGGGCCGAGUUUGGUGAUGCCUGGGCUGUAUUUUUAUCUUGAUGCAAACUUGAAUAUCAACCUAUUGUACUAGAGACUUGACUUGAGGAACACUUCUCCAAAAGGUGGUCACCUUAGCACUCAGCCUCACUAUGAGCCAGAACAUGUGAGCAAAAGGGGAACUAGCAUAAAGUCCCCCUUCCAUGAAAUCCUAGUUGAUCAGUAAUCUUUGGAAUGAAGAUACUUGUAUAGUAUCCACACUAUUUCCUAAAUGAGAGCUAUAUAAAAUGCAUUUUUCUAUUUGGGGCUUUCUUCUAGGGCCAAAGAUGUUUUGUGAUGUGCUCUUAUUGAGAGAUUUCAAUAAAGCUGAAUGUGUGGAAAUUCUGAAGAAAGGCCAUCUACUGGGCGUUGCCCCUGGUGGAGCUAGAGAAGCAAAUUUUAGUACUGACUACAGCUUAAUGUGGGGUAACCACACAGGUUUCGCUCGGCUAGCUUUGGAGGCAAAAGUGGUGAGUGAUCUUUGGGCAAUUUGCAUUGUCCUCACAAUUAUCCUGUAUAUGACAUACUGUGUUGACAUCCUUGAUCUAGCAUCCUCCAUAGCCGAGGAUGGAGUGAAAUGAUAUCUGGAGAGUCAUGGAUUCCCCACUCCUGCUUUUUAAAAAAGCUACUGAAAUCAAUGUUUAAUAAGAAAAACAACUUUUUUCUUCUUACUCUCUUCAAUUCCUCAAAAUCUGGGGGACAGCUUGUGAAUUUUUUUCAUCUGAGAUAUUUGAAUAGAUCUGUCAGGAAUUCUGAAGCCAAUCACAUCUGUCUUGUCAUUAUAAUGCCGGGUGUGAAUCAUUCCUUCUAGUCUUUAACAAAAAUUAAGGUGGAACGGUUGGGGUGAAGUAAUUAACCAGGUCUCACCUUUCUGUUAUUGUUUAUUUCCUAUUUUAUUCUUUUAGCCCAUCAUCCCUAUAUUUGCACAAAAUGAUUCUGAAGCAUUCAGGACCUUUGGAAAGAUAAGUGAGUUAAAUUUAUUAUGUUCCUUGGUUGAUCAAGAUAUCUAAUUUCAGGCAAAAUACAUUUUAAUAAUAUACAAUGGUGUUUUUAAAAAAAUGAAUAUCUAUUUCCUACCAACUCUCAAAAUGCCAGCUAAUUUCAAAUUUGAUAUGGGGCCGCAUUCUUUCAGAAUAUUUUUAUAGAACCCCCCCCCAAAAAAAAACAUUUAUAAAUACAUUGUUAACAAAUACAAAAAAAUAAAAAAUUCCUUCCAGUAGCACCUUAGAGACCAACUAAGUUAAUUAUUGGUAUGAGCUUUCGUGUGCAUGCACACUUCUUCAGACAGCUGUUUCGACUACAGCAGAUCAACACGGCUACCUACCUGUAACUAUAGUUAACAAAUAAAUACUUUAAUAACCUGCCUGGAAAAAAAAGAAUAAAGAAAAGGGAAGAAGGGGAAAGCAUACAUAUCAACGUACAUAGAAUAGAAAAGGAUAUAAAAAAGAAAAGAAAAAUAAACGAACAAAAAUUAGGCAAAGUUUAACUCUAUCGAAAUAAUAACUUAGACUGCCUUAAGACCUCUUUCUUUAAAAAAUUCUAUUUGCUAUAAUUCAACCCUAUAAUAGUAUUUCUUAUAUAUAGUGACCUUCAGUAUGGGUUGAAUCUCUUUACUUAUUUGUUAUUGAUGUUGGCUUCCUUCUGCCUCAUUAUGAUUUCAAUUCGAAUUAGCUUACUUUCCCCCUUGUAUUUAAUAUUUUAUCCUCAUCUUGGUAUGAGGAAACAGUAUGUCACUAUUUGCGGAGUUAUUCAAGACACAACCAAGUCUUAUUAGUAUAACCUUGUUUCAUUAAAUAAUUGUUGAAACAUUCCCAUUCUUUUUUGACUUUGUCUGCUGAUUUGUUUCUUAUUGAUUCCGUCAUUUUCGUGAGUUCCAAGUACUCGCAGAGUUUUAACUGCCAUUCCUCUCUCGAUGGGAUAAAUUCACUCUUCCAAUACUUAGCUACUAGCAGUCUAGAUGCAGUCACUGUGUAGAGGAAUAUUCUCUUGCUUUCUUUUGGAAUGUUAUUUGUUAAGAUCCCUAGUAAGAAUGCUUCCGGGGGUUUUUGUAAUAUAAAUUUUAAUAUUUUUGUUAAUUCCUCAUAGGUCGUGUCCCAUAUUUUUUGAUUCCUGGGCACAUAUGGAAAAAGGUUCCCUCAUAUAAUUUGCAUCUCCAACAUUUAUUAUCAUAAUUUUUAGUCAUUUUGGCUAAUUUUGAAGGGGUUAAAUACCAUCUAAAUUGCAUUUUCAUAAACUUUUCUUUAAUUACGUAACAUGCUGUGAAUCUUAGAUUCUUUCUCCACAGCUCUUCCCAUUUUUGUAAUUCUAUAGGAUAACCCAGAUCUUGCACCCACUUUAGUAUCACUUCUUUUACUUCUGGAACUGCAAAUCCACCUCUGUCUCUAAUCUCUGUUAGUAAUUUUAUUCCAGGUUUUUUACCCUGCCAAAUGAAUUUUGCCAGAUCUUUUUGCCACUCUUUAAAACAUUUAACUCCACUGAUUAUUGGUAAUGUUUUUGUUUUUUUUAAAGAAUAUUUAUUCCAAUUUUAAGAUUACAGAAAAAGAAAAAAGUAAAAAAAAAGAAAAACAAAUCACAUACAUCCUACAAAUCACAUACAUCCUACAAGAAAAACACACAAUACAAAGAAAAAUACACAAGACAAAAAAUCACAAUUAAAAAGUAACAAAAAAAAAAAUCAAAUUAAAUCAUUAAAACCGUUUUCCCAUUUACUUAUUUCCGUGACUUCCUCUCACUUCUCUGCUUUGUAUUCUAGUUCAAAUCGUAUCUCCGGCAAAUCCUUCUAACCUUCUUUUCAUUUACUUAUUUUAACAUUCAAAAAUAUUUAAUUCUCUUCUAUCUUUUAUUUUACACUUCAUAUUUACUUAUUCCAUUAUACUCUGUCUGCCAAUACGGUCUAAUAUUCUUCUCCAACCUUUUCUAACAUUCUUUUAUAUUACAGUGUUUCUGAAGAUAUGUUUUAAAUUUUUUCCAAUCUUCUUCCAUCGACCCUUCUUCUUGAUCUCGGAUUAUUGGUAAUGUUUGGAAUAGGAAUGACAUCUUUGGUAGCACUGUCAUUUUAAUUAUUGACAUCCUGCCCCACAGUGACAGAUUUAACCUCCCCCAAAUCUCCAAAUCUUUUUUUUAUUUCUUUCAAUUUUUUUACAUAAUUGUAAUUGAAAAGGUUUAUGUUUUUUGUUGUGAUCCCGAUGCCUAGGUAUUUCAGCUUAUUUGUUAUUUUUAAUCCUGUUUUAGUUUACAAUCCUCUUUUUUCUUCUUCACACAUGUUUUUCACGAAUAAUUUUGUUUUGUCUUUGUUUAGUUUAAAGCUGAGACUUUCCUGAAUUCAUCCAUUUUUGUCAGUGUUUCUAAUAUGCUCUCUAUUGGGUUCUCGGUGGUUAUGAUGAUGUAAUCUGCAAAGGCUUUGAGUUUAUACAAUCUGUUGCCCAAUAAAUACCUUUUAUUUUUGUUUUUUCCUUAUAGCUGUUACUAAUGUUUCUAAUAUGGUGAUAAAUAAAAGUGGUGAGAAUGGACAGCCUUGUCUAAUCCCUUAUUCAAUGUUAAAUGUUUUCGUUAGUUCAUUAUUUAUGAUUAAUUUUGCUUUCUGAUUAUUAUAUAUUGCCUUGAUUCUGCAAUAUAUUUUAUUUCCUAAUUUCUUUGCAUCAAUGGUGUUCAACAAGAAAUCCAAUGAUACAUGAUCAAAUGCAUUUUCAGCGUCCACUAACAUCAUUGCUGAUCUUUUAUUUCCACCUACCCCCAAAUAUUCUAAUAAAUUGAUAAUUGUUCUUGUAUUGUUACCGUAUAUAUUUGUCUUCCUGGGAGGAAGCCAGCCCGGUCUUCGUUAAUUAGUCUAUUUAAUAUCUUUUUAAUCUGUUUGCAAGUAUUCCUGUAAAAAUUUUGUAAUCCAAAUUUAGUAAUGAAAUUGGUCUAUAGUUUUUGGUAUUCAUCAGAUCUGCUCCUUGUUUCGGGAUCAAGGUUUUUAAGGCUUCUUUCCAUGACUCCGGUGUCUUCCCAUUCUCUAAUAUAUUGCUCAUAAUCUUUUUCAGGGUUGGAAGUAUGGCCUCUGCUAGUGUUUUUUUAAUAGUAACCAAUUGAAAUUCCAUCUGGGCCCGGAGAUUCCCCAACUUUUGUUUGUUUUUCAUUACUUGUAGUAUUUCUUCUAUUUUGAUAGUUGAAUUUAAAUAUCUAUGUUCCUCUUCUAACAUUACCAGUAAUUUGUUUUGUUAUAGAUAAUCAUUUAUUUUAUUCUCAUAUUUAUCUUCUGAUUUGUACAGUUUUUUUUAUAAUAAUUUACAAAGCACUGUUUUAUUUUUUCUGGGUCUACUAUCUCUUCCCUUUGAUCUAUUAUUUUACCUAUAAUUUUAUCUUUUUGCCUUUUCUUUAUUAACCAGGUUAACAUCCUGCCGAGUUUGUUGGCCGAUUCAAAGCUUUUUUGUCUCAUCCAUUUGAUAUGGGGUCGCAUUCUUUCAGAAUCUUUUCCCUUUCAUACACAGGGUUGGCAAGAUGGGUAUAUGAGAAAACUCGAUAUUUACUCCUUCCUGUAUAUGGAGGGUUUCCAGUGAAAUUGAGGACAUAUAUUGGAGAACCCAUCCCAUAUGAUCCAAAUAUAACUGCCACAGAGCUGGCUGAAAAAGUAAGUACCAGGAAAUAUAAAACAGAAUAAUCUUUCCUAUUGUUUUUUCACUUUCUCAGUUCUAAAUUGUAUUCUGCAUACUGGCUUCUCAUUCUGUAUGACCCAGAACUAGGCUUUAUUAUAUAUAUUUUUGUGCAUUAUAUUGAUCACUCAGCUUUUCCUCUGCUUAACUUGUUGAGACUAAUUAAAUGCCCUCUGAGCUACCAACUUUGAACUUUGAACCCCCAACACAUUUUUAGAUAUAGGAUCAUAGAAUCUUAGAGUUGAAAGGGACCCAAGGGUCAUCUAGUCUACUCCUCUGCAAUGAAGGACUAUCAGCUAAAGCAUCCACGACAGAUGGCCAUCCAGCCUCUGCUUAACCUCGUACCGACGGGACCGCCUCUCUUGGUAUGCCCCACGGAGGACCUUGCGGUCUGCAAAUAACAACAUCCUAAAGAUUCUGGGUGCCAGGGAGAUCAGACUGGCCUCGACCAGAGCCAGGGCGUUUUUGGCUGUGGCCCCGGCCUUGUGGAACGCUCUCUCACGAGUGACUAGGGCCCUGCAGGAUUUGACAUCUUUCUGCAGGGCCUGCAAGACGGAGCUGUUCUGCCAGGCCUUUAGUCAGGGUUCUGUCUGACUCAUUUUCUCCUUGUAUAAGAACAAGCAUGAAAAAUAAGAAAAAGAGAUAAAGGGAAUUACAUUAGGCAAGGAUAUUUUCAAAAUUAAAGCUUUUGCGGACGAUACUAUAUUAAAAACCGAGGAGUCAGAAAGCAGUUUAAUGAAAGCAUUGAGAAUAAUUAGUGAGUUCGGGAAAGUAGCAGGCUUCAAGAUAAAUAUGUCAAAAACAAAACUUAUGGUAAAAAACAUACAGGAAUUAGAAAAGAACGAAUUACAGGAGAAAUUAGGUUUGGAAAUUGUUACAAAACAAAAGCAAAGCAUUUAGUUAUAGAAUUGACGAUGAAAAAUAUUAAUCUAUUUGGAAACAAUUAUGAAAAAGCCUGGAAGGAAAUUAGAAGAGAUCUAGAAACCUGGAGUAGAUUAAAGCUGACAUUAAUGGGGAGAAUAUCUAUAAUUAAGAUGAAUGUUUUACCGUAAAAUGAUAUAUUUGUUCCAAACAAUACCAAUAAUAAUUAAAGAAAAUUGUUUUGAUGAAUGGAGAAAAUAUCUAACAAAAUUCAUAUGGCAAACCAAAAAACCAUGCAUAAAGUAUAAACUAUUAACAGAUAAAAGGGAGAGAGGAGGACUGGCAUUACCGAAUUUAAAAUUACACUAUGAAGCAGAAUGUCUGACGUGGCUAAAAGAAUGGAUUAUAUUGGAAAACACUAGUAUUAUAAAUCUAGAAGGUUUUGACAAUAGGUAUGGAUGGCAUGCCUACCUAGCGUACAAGAAGGUUAAGGUACAUAAUGGCUUCAAAAAUCAUAUACUCAGAAAUUCAUUGUUGAAAGUUUGGAAUAAAUAUAAACCGCUAUUAGAGCCACAAGUUCCUAUAUGGAUCUCUCCAUUAGAAGCCCAUGCAGUUAAAAAACUCAAUAUGAAUCCGAACUGGGCAACAUAUAGACAAAUACUGGAGGAAGACCAAGGAAAGUUAAAAUUAAAAACAUAUGAAGAAUUAAAACAAUAUGGGAUGGAUAAUUGGCAAUAUAUACAAUUAAAAAGUGUGUUUAAGGCAGAUCAAAGAAAAGGCUUCGCCAAAGAAAAAUUAAAUUGCUAUUUAGCACCAUUAUAUUACAAAACAAUAGGAAAUUAUUAUCAAAAAUUUACACUAUUAUUGGACUAUGAUUUGAUGGAUGAAGAGGUAAAAGAAACAAUGGUCAAAUGGGCAAAAGAUAUCGGCCACACUAUAUAUUUAGAACAAUGGGAGAAACUCUGUCACGAGAAUAUCCGCUUUACCACUUGCUGUACGAUAAAGGAAAAUUUUGUUUAAAUGUUUUACAGGUGGUAUUUAACACCAGUUAAACUCGCCAAAAUUUAUAAUUAAAAUCCAACCUUUGUUGGAAAUGUAACAAAGAACCUGGAACGAUAAUUCAUAUGUGGUGAGGUUGCAAGGAAAUAAAGAAGUUUUGGGGACUAAUACAUGAGGAACUUAAGGAAAUGCUUAAAAAACCCUUGAUAAAAAAUCCUGAAGCUUAUCUGUUAGGGUUGGUGGGCAAAGACAUACCACAUAUGAAAAAAAAUAAAUUCUAUGCAGCAACAGCUGCCAGGGUAGUGAUUGCCACUAAAUGGAAAUCUCAGGACACACCAACAAAGGAAGAGUGGAUUUGUAAAUUAAGUGAGUAUAUAGAAUUGGCAAAAUUAACUUCAGUUAUAAGAUAUCAUUCAAAUCAAAAGUUAAGAAUGGAGUGGAAGUAUUUUGAAGAUUGUAUGUCAAAAUAUUGUUCUAAAAAUGACAUGCUAAUAGGCUUAGAAUAAAAAAUGUAAGCAAUAAUAAAACCAAUAAAGAAAGAAGGAAAAAUCAGAAUUUAACAAAAAUAAUUUAUUAUACAAUGCAAGGGAAAAAAAGUAGAAAGAAAUAUAAAGAAGUGGAAUUGCUGUGGAGGGAAGUAGAGGGUGGGUGGUGGGUUUUUAUAAUAAAUUGUAUAAUUAUGCAGCUGUUGUAAUUUAGAUAUUAUAUUUUAUGUGAGGGAAUCAUUGGGAAUUUUGGUUAUUAUGUGUAUAUGUUACGUUUCAAUAAAGAUCUUGGGGGGGGGAGCAUGAAGGAGGUUCCCAGCCCACUCAAAGGUGCUUAUAAUAUCAGUGGAAGCAGUUGGUAACCGCUUUCAAAUCUACCCUGAAGAUUGCCACUUGUCCAGUUUUAAUUUUAAUUUGUUUGAAUUAAAUGUGGGAUGUAUCUUAAUUUAUUGAUCACUUGGUUUUAUGCAUAUUGUCUUAUAUGAUGUGAGCCGCUCGGGCUUCUAGCUGUACAGGCUUUAAAGUUAUAUAUAGAUCAAGAUUAAGGAUUAGGAUUAAAAAAGUUAAAAGAAAUGGAAAAUUGGUUUUUAAUAGGUUAAAAUUUAAUGUUAUAUUAUAUUAAGAUUAAGGAUUGGGAUUAAAAAGGAGGGAAAGGAAUUGCUGGACAAACAAAUUGAAUUGGAAUACAAAAGAGGGAGGUAUGAGGAGGUCCGGGAAAUAAGUAAAUGUAAAAGUUGUGAUGAAAAGAUGGAAUUGUUUUUAACUGUUUUUUCUUUCUUUCUUUUUUUGUAUUUUGUAUGGUGUAUUUUUAUUUUUAUUUUUAAAUUUCUUUUUUUUAAUUAAGAUGUCUCUUUUCAUGUGAAACUUCAAUAAAUAUCAUUUAAAAAAAAAUAAUUAUAUGAUGUGAGCCGCUUUGAGCCCAGCUUUGGCCAGGGAUGGCAGGAUACAAAUAAAUUAUUAUUAUUGUUAUUAUUAUUAAACACCUUCACAACCUCUCAGGGGAGACUGUUGAACUGUCAAAACAGCUCUCACUGUCAGAAAGCUCUUCCUGAUGUUGAGUUGGAAUUUCUUUUCUUGCAACUUGAAGAGUGGCCCUGGAAACCCUUUCAGAUGGGUGGAGUAUAAAUUUUAAAAAUGAUGAUGAUAAUGAUGAUUAUAAGGCAUUCGUUUGCGUCCUACCCUGCAGAGCAGGAGAAAAUAAGCUUACUCCAUCUUCCAUGUGACAACCCUUAAGAUAUUUGAAAUGACUGUCAUAACUCUUCUCAGUCCCCUCUUUUUCAGGCUGAAAAUACCCAGCUUCUUUCACUGUGGCUCAUAAGGUUUCCUUUCCAGACCCUUAAUAUUCAUGGUUGCUCUCAUCUCCCCCAAGAACUUUCUGCUUCCAUUCUUGCUUCACCCUCACCUUCCCCACAUCUAGUUCCGGCUUUUGGUUGCUUGUUUGAAGGGGCGGAGAAGUAAUUUAUUUUUGCAGGUGUGUGGGGGUUGAAUCCUUGGUUGUCCUGUGGUUCCUUCCUUUUAUUUCACAUUGUUGGGAUGCAGUCAUCGUCAUUUGACAGUGGUGUCGUUUGUUUGCUCCUACCGCGUUAAAUCUGUACAGAUGAGAAAGUUGUGGAGAGAAAGAUUAGCUUUACUGAGGCAUUAUUGUGUUAAGGGUGCCCUUUAGGGACCUGCCAAGGCAGUAUGCCUAGUAGGACUUGCAUAGUUCCUCUUAGGCCUGGUACAUGCAUUUUGGCUGAACACUGCAAAGUAGGGUCUGGGUGAGCAUUAUGGGUUCAUGCUCAAGGUUCAAUAUGCAAGGAGACAGUAAUUUCUUCCCUAUCCUUUGCUGGGGAGCCAGUUGCAUAUGCCUUAGGAUCUGGAGAGAUGGUUUCCUGCCACAAUUAGCUAAAAAUCCUUAUCUGCCCUUACUUCUGAUCCCAGAAAAAAUUACCGUAUUUUUCGCCCUAUAGGACGCACUUUUUCCCCUCCAAAAAUGAAGGGGAAAUGUGGGUGCAUCCUAUGGGGCGAAUACAGGCUUUCGCUGAAGCCUGGAGAGCGAGAGGCUCUCGCUCUCCAGGCUUCAGGAAGCUCUGUGCAACCGUCCGGAGGCCGGCGCGAAGCCGCGCCGGCCUCCGGAGGGUCGCAGAGAGCUUCCUGCCCUCCCGGGGUCCGCGCAGCUCUGCGCAACCCUCCAGAGCCUGGCACCAAGCCACGUCGGCCUCCAGAGGGUUCCGCAGAGCUGCCUGCAUUCCGAAGCCUCGGGCGCGCUGAAGAGCGUGCCCGGGCUUCGCACAGCUGUCCGCAAGCCUGGGGAGACCGGCGCGGCUCUCUAGGCUUGCAGAUAGCAGGCUGUUCUGGGGGCUGCGGUCAGGGGAAGCUCGGGCUUCCCCCGCGCCAGCCCCGUGCUUGGGGGGGGGGGGAAAUAAUUUUUUUUCUUUAUUUUCUCCCCCAAAAAACUAGGUGCGUCCUAUAGGGUGGUGCGUCCUAUGGGGCAAAAAAUACGGUACAUAUUGUGCUUCUGUAGCUGGAAAAAAUGGGAUUUUUCAAAUGCUACUGGGUCUGACUCCUUUAGCUUUUUCCUAUUACUUUAGCUAUAACAUAAUGUAUUCCUUUGUUUUUGUUUUUUCAACAGACCAAGACUGCACUUGAAAAUCUUCGGGAUAGACACCAAAAAAUGCCAGGAAAUAUAUUAAGAGCUCUUUCAGAACGAUUUGAUAAGGAUGACAAAGCUAACUAG